GGCCAUCGGAGUAAUGGGAAACGCCGCCAGUUUGAUGCUCUAUUCUGCACCUACAAACAAGUGAUAAAGACGAAGAGUGUGGAGUUCAUGCCAUUCUCCUUGUCUCUCUUCUCCUUCCUUACUAGUUCACUUUGGAUGGCUUACGGGCUCCUCAGCCACGACCUCUUUCUCGCGUCUCCAAACAUAGUUGGAUGUCCAGUGGGAGUGCUCCAGAUUUUGAUCUACUUCAAGUACAAGAUGAAGAAGAGGAUGGUGACUGAAGAACCAGUGAAAUGCGAUAAUGCAGGGCAAUUGAUGAUCAAUGAUAAUUAGAAGCCCAUGGAAGAAACCUCUGCAUGCUCAAAAUAAUAAUCACUCCCUACUUAAUUGCCAAUAACAAUCAAGAAUAUUUAUGUAGAAGCUCAUGAAUGUCUUAAGUCAAUUGUAGAUCAGGAUUGAAAUCAAAGUGAUUACUGGAGUUCAUUAAAUUAGUUGUUAGAUG